AUGAGAGACGCUCAAACUCCGCUGUUCGUGGAGUCGGAGUUAUUGAGCAAGAAAAAAAAGGCUUCAAAGAAAAAGAAGACAAAGUUUUCAACUUUGAAUGUAUUCGCGUUCGCGCUCUUUUGUUGUUCGAUUUUGAAUCUGUUUUUCGCUCUGAAACAAAACAAUCCUAACAACAACAACAACAACAACAACAACGAAGGUUUGGGCAAAUCUUCUUCUCAUCGAAGAAGAAGUCGUUGGCAGUUCCGGAGGGAAGGGGAGAAUUUUGUUAUUUCGUCUGCUUCGUCGUCGUCGUUUACAUCGUGCGUGAAGCUUUCAGGAAAAGCGUACGAGGAAUGCGUGGAGCGAAAAGAGGAGGAGAAAGAGAAACAAAAACAGAUUCAACGCGAAAAGGCGAAGAAAAUGAAAGAGGCGACGACGAGAAAUUAUUACGAACAGAGACGGAAACAGAAGCAGGAGAAGGUCAAGGAGAGAGACGAGGAGAAGGAGCGGUUGCCGGCGAAAGGUGGCAGGUCAGGAACGACGAAAACGCGAGCUUUGGACGAUGCCGCGGAGGAUGUAAUCGACGCGGACGCGAUGCAAACUAUUCGCGAGGCUACGAUUUUAGAGAAACCUUUGGGAAGAUUAGAGGAAGGAAGCGGAGGGAGAUUUGCGUUUCCCGAGGAAGAGAGUAGUACGAGUACGCAUACGGCCGACGUCCCGGCGUUACAGCCGUGCGCGGGGAGGAGCGCGAGAGGAGUUCACAAUGGAGGAGCAGAAACGACUUGGAAGGAAGCGCCGGAACGAUUUGAAAGGCAAAACGUGCAAACGAGAAAGAAGGAGUUUGGGAAAUUGAGCAAGAAGAAAGUGGUAAUGGGGACCUCGUCGAUAAAAUACCACGAUAAAGCGUCGCUAGUUUUAUUGCCGUCUGGACAGGUUGUGGCUUUUUGGCAGUCCGGGAAAACGUUGGAAGGGGAACGCGGGCAACACGUGCGAAUGGCAACGUCCGAGGAUGAAGGCGUAACGUUCAGUAACUCGUGGCCGUUGUUUUCAAAAUACAACGACGAAGAUGGAGGAGAGGAGGGAGGAGUAGACGACGAAGAAUUAACCGCGCAGUGGACGCCAGUGCCGCACGUCGAUAAGGACGGAAACUUGUUACUGUUUUACGCCGAAUCCGACGGCGGGUGCGAAUAUCGCGAUCGAGGUAGAAUUCGGUACGUCCCGGGAGGGUCGAUUAAAGUCAUCAAAUUGAAUCUCGCGGGCGAUGCCGAAGGACGCGUAGAUAGAAAUUCACCGUGGACGGAGCCAGCGAUGGUGUAUUCCAUUUACGAGGAGAACUUCGUGCCAAAACUAAUCGCCAAUCCAGCGGUGGCGCUGGAGAAUGCUGAAGAUGAGAACGCCUUGAUUCUUCCGUUUUGGAGAGAUAACUCGGUUUUACAAUCGAAGCGCGAACUAUUUACCUCUUCGAGAAAAGCACAAUGUCGCGUGAAACAAAACGGAGAGGCGGACACGCCGGCAACGAGAACCAUUCGGCCGAAAACAACGUCCGCGGGUGUUUUAGUAUCCAAAGAUGGAGGCGCGAGUUGGCGGGCGCGAGGUAAAGUUGAAGAAGUACCCGUCGAAGACGACGACGAUGAGGAAGAUGGUGGUAGCAGCGAAAACUGGUCGGUCGGUGCGAAGACGACGACGUUGACUGCGCCGAGCGUUUUCGAGAGUAGUGGUUCGGGCAAAAGAGACUCGAAGUUGAUCAUGUAUUUGCGCUCGCAAUCCGGCGGCGUUUACGUCACAGAAUCUGAAAACUCGUCGUACAACCGAUGGUCCGAGGCGAAGAAGAUUAGCGAUUUGAGGCGCGAACCUGGAGCGAAAAGUUUCGCACAAAGUUGGAGAAUAGAAGGGGAAGGAGAACGCCACCGAAACGUGCAUAUAGUCGCGUUCAACGACCACAAGAAGGAUGAAAUAAUAUUUGAUAGCACUAGCGAUAGCAGCAAUAAUAAAGAAGGAGGCGAGGAAGAAGAAGAAGAGGAAGAAGAAGAGCGAGGUGAUGGUCACCCAGAAAACUCCCAUCGAGACGUAUUAAAAGAGAUGAUGGAUGGUUCAGAGACAGCGAUGACGACGCGCAAACGAAGAGUGAAACUACCUGACAAAGUCCGAACGCAACUCACGCUCGCCAUCUCCGAAGAUGCCGGAGCGGAUGCAUUCGAUGCGAGCUGGACGAGAAUGAAAGGCUCGGUAGCCGGUGUUGUCGGGAGCGGGAUAGCGCCAGGAUUGAUGUUUCAUAACCCGUGGGUUUUGCGUGUUGGGUGUAAAGUUCUCGUCGCGUAUUCGAAAAUGUACGUCGCGAAGUUCGGUCAAGGCAAAAAUAAAGAAGAGACGCAUUAUUCAGUUCGAGUGUCGCACGUUGAAUUUACCGUGAACGAAGAAAACGUGUGCAGCUCGAACAUGCGUCAGUACGCUUGCGGAAACGACACCGGGAUAACGGAUGAGGAAUCCGAGGACGAAGAAGUAGCCAACGCAAGAGGAGAGGAAGGCGAAGAAGAAGGUUCGGACGAGCGAGAACACCAAAGAAGAGCGGCGAGCAAAUCAAAGGAACGAGAUUCCUUGAAAUCAUUACAGCUCACUCGAAACAUCGAAAGAAGGCGUAGAGAACAUCAUCACUAG